GGUAUGGAGGAGUCGACGAAUGUGGAUCGAGGCUUUUUCAGGAAAGUGGAUGUUCCUGAUCAUGCACACUACAUAGUGGCGUUUUUUGUGGCUGUCAUCGGGGCUCUAGGAGUGAUCGGAAACCUGCUGGUCAUGUACGCCUUCUUUAGUAACAAGAAGCUGCGGACGCCUCCAAACUACUUCAUCAUGAAUCUGGCAGUGAGUGACUUCCUCAUGGCCAUCACUCAGUCACCCAUCUUCUUCAUCAACUGCAUGUACAAGGAGUGGGUGUUCGGGGAAAUGGGCUGUAAGAUGUACGCCUUCUGUGGAGCUCUGUUUGGGAUCACAUCCAUGAUCAACCUUCUGGCCAUUUCUAUCGACCGCUACAUCGUGAUCACCAAACCACUGCAGGCCAUCCGCUGGACAUCGGGACGCCGAACGCUCAUUAUUAUCCUCGUGGUCUGGAUCUACUCGCUGGCCUGGAGUCUGGCACCGCUUAUGGGAUGGAGUUCCUACAUCCCAGAAGGCCUCAUGACCUCCUGCACGUGGGACUAUGUGACGUCUACUCCUGCCAACAAGAGCUACACCUUGAUGCUCUGCUGUUUCGUGUUCUUCAUCCCUCUAGGGAUCAUCUCGUACUGCUACUUCUUCAUGUUCCUCGCCAUUCGGAGUGCAAGCAGGGAUGUGGAGAAGCUGGGUAGCCAUGUGAGGAAGACCACCCUCAUCCAACAGCAGUCCAUAAAGACGGAGUGGAAGCUGGCUAAGAUUGCGUUCGUGGUCAUCAUUGUGUUUGUCCUGUCCUGGUCUCCGUAUGCCUGCGUCACACUCAUCGCUUGGGCUGGAUACAGCCACGUUCUUUCUCCGUAUUCCAAAGCAGUUCCUGCGGUGAUCGCCAAAGCAUCGGCCAUAUACAAUCCCUUCAUCUACGCCAUCAUACGCUCCAAAUACAGAGACACGCUGGCUGAGAAGGUGCCAUGUCUGCAUUUCCUAGCGCAGUCGUCGCGUAAAGACAUCUCGGUGUCCAACAGCGAGUCUUCCUUCAGGGAGCACAUGCUGAGCCGACAGUCCUCGGGGUCAAAGGCCAAGUUCCAGCGCAUCUCCUCCAUGUCCACAGCAGAUACGGUCUGGAGUGAUGUGGAAUUAGAUCCUGUGGACCAAAAGAGCCAGACGAUCAGAAACUCACAGUCAGCCAGUCUGCUGAGAGACGACAAAUGGAAAACGCAAACCAAACACGACUAUAAGAACGACAGGGAGAGCAGCGAAGAAAAGUCUGCAGUCACUGACAGCGGCGGCUCUCUGAACGGCGGAGGGCUUGACCUGGUGUCCGAAUCCAUCAACAUGGCCACUGUCCCUCUCCUCAUGGCCAAGAACACUGGAGAGGAGGACCAGGAGGAGGAAGAGGACGAGACUCUGACGGGACAGCAGGACAGCAGAUCCCUGAGCCCUGUCAGCAAUGACCUGCCUUUUUACCAGGACACGGAGGAGCCACACAUCACCCUCAGCCCCACAUCAGCAGAGCAGCAAACCACGCAGACCAGAGAAAACAAUCUGAUCCUGGAGCUCAAGAGUCUGAACUGCUCCAGCGAACUCCUGGAGUCUGUGGAGAAAUUCCUCUCCUGA